CUUGCUCAUGCUCUUCAAUGGCAGCUGGACAGGUGCCCAGCCCAACCUUCAGUACUUCACACUGUUGUGACAAAUUUCACUCACAUAUUCUUCCUAUACCAUCGUAUAAAAUCCCAAAUUGACACCGAACGAGAAAAGUUCUACCUUUGAAGGAAACCAAAGUAUUCCGCGAGAUGAGAAAUGGGAGGUGUGCAUGCUAAUCUGAUUACCAAACCGAGCUUCCCGAAACUGACAGCUUACACAGGUGUUUCUUGGGUGCCCUUAGCUGGAUCUUCCUGUCACACAUGGCCACUGCAGAACCUGAACGGACUGGUGUAUCUGGAAAAUACAAGAGUUGAGAUGGAAAAUCUUCUUUAUGCCCACACUAUAUUCCAUGAAGUCUGGGCAGGAGGAAGAUUUCCACCCUCGUACACAUGAUGUGAUCUGCUGGGAUGGUCAGCUUUUUCUACUUGCUCUAACUGAGUUUGACUGGACAGAUAUUGUAGGGGCGGGAGGAAGAUUGUCCGUGUGGCCGCAGAAAUGUACCAUUGUUGUCUCUUUUGCUAUCGUGACUUCCUCUGCGUCAUCCUAGACCUCUACAGUACAAUUCUCGUUUUCUGCAAGUUUUCUUAUUCACACGUUAUUAUAGAUUUUUUUACAUAAAACUAUCAAAAGAGAACACUCAUAUGUUUCGAAAGUGGCAUGAAGCAAAAUCAUAAUAUAGCAUGAUACCAUCCGCAUGAACCUUUACUUAUUGCAGAAUGUUGCGUGCUCAUCACUUCUCCCUCAAGCAACAAGCACAAAGAGCUUUUGUGCAGACCAGCCCACUCGAAGGGCUUCAUCAGCCGAGGGAUUGAGAACAGGAAACUCAGAUUUCGUGCAUAGCGAGAGAGUCGAUCAGGCGAUGUUGUGGUCAUGAGUUACUUUGUAUGAAAUUUCGAACAUGAUCUGUAAAAACGUUCAGAUCAGUUGGCGUAUGUGAUCGAGUCUGCAACUGAUGUUUCUAGAUCCGCUGUUGCUGUAUGCAUCACUUUUGAGGAAUGAGGGUGUCGUUUCUGCAUCACAGAUGAGCGCGAAACCGCUGCAAUGUAUGAAGGGCGAAAAGGCAAGUUGAAUUCUCUGAAAAGGUAGUCGGUUACUGGAGGAAUGAGUGGGUCACUAGUAUUCCCCACGUCGGCGUCUAGUGAAGUCAGGUAGGGUGAGGAUUUCAAGACCUUCCUUCGUGCCUUCCGUCCCAACCGGUGGGCCAGCCGGUACGGGCUCCACGUACAACAGUUGUUCCAGCAUCCGAAGGUCGAC